AUGUCUGCUUUGAACAACUUUGCCGCCGCCGAGAAAGAAGACGACCAACUUGGUCGAAUCCCAGAAGCUGAGGAGAAAGAAGAAGAUCCGAACCAAAUGGAUGUCAUGGAAACAGAAGAAUCAGAGGAAGAAGAAGAUCCCGAGGAGACAAGUCCAUCUUCUACAUCAGAAGAGGAAUCAGAAUUAGAAUUUGUGGAAGAUGUUGAGCUAGAGGAUAUCCGUAAGCACGUGCAGUGUCCAAUAUGUUUAGGAAUUAUAAGGAAAACAAGGACUGUCAUGGGAUGUCUCCAUCGUUUUUGUCAAGAGUGCAUUGAUAAGUCAAUGAGACAGGGGAACCAUGAGUGUCCUGCCUGCAGAAAACAUUGUGCCAGCCGACGUUCAACAAGACCCGACCCAUUAUUUGAUGCUUUUAUUGCAGCUACAUUCGGUAAUAUCGAUAGUUAUGAGGAGCAGGAUUUGGAAUUUGAUGAAGAUGAGUUGGCUCAUAAUAAGCAGAUUCAAGAAUCUAUAGCUCAAGUAUCGCAACGACAAUCUGAAGCCCUUGUGAAAAUGAAGUCUUCUGGUGAAGAUGAGGUCUUACCGAGAUCACAGCCUAGUGGAAGUGGCUCCAGAAGAAGGAGGAGGAGCAGAAACGUGGAACGGGUAACAUUACAAGCCCAUGGUGAUGCUGGUGAUAACAACAGAGGCAUAACUUCUUCAUCUUCAGCUGACCCUUCUGCCGAAAUACUACCGAGAAAACGAAAAAGACGCUCUGCAACUCGUUCUACAGCUCACCCUUCUUCUUCUUCAGGUCCAAACAACAAUGCUAAUAAUGUCACAGAGGAGGCGCAUCAUAGAGACUGUAGAGCAAUAUUAGAUGGGCUUGCAUGGGGAAGUGGCGGCAGAAGGAGUAACAUAAGACAAGUGAAUCAUAACCAAGGGAAUCAUAACCAAGGAGCUGAUAGUAAGAGUAUUAGGAAGGCUCGCGUGAGCAGACUUGUGGAAUAUCUUGUUAGCAUACAUAGUAACAGGUAA